UCGCCAUGCGAGAAAAGAGGCUGACCACCGUGCCUCCCUGUAUCAGAGAAAACGAAUUUGAGGAGUACCUAGCAACUGAUGACGUCCUUGUAGACUUCUUUAAUGAAUUCUUGAGCCUCCCAGCCUUUUCAGAGAGAAUUAAAUUUAAUCCUGAUUAUGGAAUUUUUGAAGUUGUUAAUGAUGAUCCUCAGAAUUUGGAAGUUCAGCUGAAAAAGAUGCUAGCAGAACAGAAACCUCGGAAUCCCAUUUACAGUGUUACAAGACCAAAAUCAGAAGCUCCAGUUUUUAAAGACACCAGCCCUCCACCUCCAGACUUAAAUUUUGACCCAAGUUACAUAGCGAAGUGUCUGGAUCGAGAGCAGGCCAUUAAAUGGAUUAAGAAAGAAAGAUUUCCAGCAUUUCUAGAAAGUGAUUGUUACUUUGAAUACAGGCUAGCUAAACUUAUAUCGCAGGUGGAAUGGAGCAAAACUGGCAUCAAUUUUAUUAUAGAUGAAAGAUAUUAUCCUUGGUUCCAGAAAAGCCCACCACCAUCUGAAGGCCCUGAUGAAGAUGCAGAUGACUUAAUUAUGAAAAAAUUCUACGUCUCUCUUGGUGAGGCUACCGUCACCCAGACAAAGGACUGGUUUACACUAGCCAAGCAAAAUCAACGCAUGAUUACUACAGAUUCUAUUACUCAGCCUGUAUCAUCUUCCCACGUUCGUUUUUCUCUGAGGCCUCCAAAGUUUUUUUCAUAUCUAGAUUUCAGGCAGCAUCCAGGACUACAUAGUAAUUCUUCUACAAUUCUUAGUGGACAUCUUGAUACCGUUUAUGGUGGACAUUUAGUUCAUGCAGAACUGUAUCCCAGGGUUAAGCAGCGUUAUUCUUCUCUGGCGUUUCUUGAGAAGGCAGAGACCUGGAACAUUGUAGAUGAAGGCAAUUCAGUGUCACUUCCAGAGACUCCUUCACGCACUGUGCUAACAGCGUACCUGGGGCAGGACUGGAGCGCUGCUCCUCAGGAAGGACACAAGGCAGACUUGAAAAGUUGUGAAGAGGUUGUUACCUUUCAGACAGUGGAUGACUUUUCAUUAGCCUACAUUAAUUACGUAGUGAAAAACUCUGUUGCGAUGCUCAGUGGGAAGCUGCCCGAUGCCAGCCCAUCAUAUAUCGAUUUUGGGAAAAGAACCAGAGUGUUUAUACGGGAGAUAGCAGAUAGUCAGCCUUACAUAGAACCAUCCCUGGAGAAAUCUGCACUUCUUGGGGAUAAUUUAGAAGAUAAGAAAAGUGAUACAGACAUCAGCUUAAAAUCUGAAAAAGAGCACUCAGAAGCCAGGGCUUCUUGGUGCCUCAGCCACAAGACCUAUGACAUUGGCAGCAGAAAUGAAUUUGAAAGGUUCAAGAAGUUCAUCAAAGGAAGUGUGGGAGAAAGGUAUUGGUUGCUCUGGAUAGACAUUGAAAGACUGAAAGUUCUGAAGGAUCCCAGGAGGCAGAAAAGACAGCUUGAUAGAAUGAAAAAAAUCUACUUGGUGAGCAAUGGAGAUCAUUAUCUUACCUCUGAGGUUUUGUUCAAACUAAACCUGCUGGAUGGAGAUCAGUGGCAAAUGUAUAACCUAAGACGUAUCCAGACUGAAGUACUGAAACCCUUGCUUCUUUACUGGGGUCCCAGGUUUUGCGUCACUCACACAGCUGCCAUAGAGGCUGCCAGUGCCAAGCUGAAGAUCUGGCAUUCUCGACAACAGAAACCACGGCUGGAUGUCGAUCCUUUCCCACAGAUGGUCUCCCUGUUGCCCCUGCGAGCUAAAUCAUGCAUGCCAAGAAGGUCCCAUGAACAGAAAGGCGAAAUCAGCUCACCAUUACCUUUGUCAAGAGCUGUGGUACCUGAUACAUUUUACCAAAGGCCUCCUAGGUUAUUAUCAGCAAUCUUGCCGCGGAGUCAAAGUCCCAUCAGAGAGAAUCCUGAUGCCUGGUUCUCUUUAGGAGACACUAGUAUAAAGAGGCCAACAACAGCGUGUAGCAACCUGACUCAUUUGACCAUGAUUUCUGACAAAAUGGACUAUCUGAAACCACAGUUGGAUAGAAAAUACACUUAUGCAGAAGUGAUCCCUGGUAAAAUGUCCCCAAAUUUUUGUGAGCUGGGGAGUUCUAAAAUGGAAAGAAUGCUGCAGUCCCUAUACACAGAGAGUAGAGCUGGCUAUGUUUUCACUGAGUUCUGUGAGAAAUCAGGAAAUAAGCUGUGGAAGAACAGCACGUACUUUUGGUUUGACCUGCAGGAUUAUCAUCAUCUUUUCUACCAAGAAACCCUUCAUCCUUAUAAACUAUGCAAGCAAGCGCAAUUCCUUUAUGCCACUUAUAUUGCUCCUUCUGCCAGUAUGGAUAUUGGACUACAUCAUAUAAAGAAAGAUGAGAUUUAUCAGAAAAUUGAGCCACCCUUUGAGGAUCUGUUUGAUCCAGCAGAAGAAUAUAUCCUCAGCCUUCUUUUGGUUCCAUGGACGAAGAUGUUAGAACAAGACAGAAUUACAUAUGAAAAGGUGGAGCUGGUGGAAGAAACUCGACAGCUGGACUCAGUGUACUUUAGAAAGCUGCAGGCUUUGCAUGAGGAGAGCAUUUCCAAGAAGGAUGAGGAAUUGGCUGUUGAAAAGAAGGUCCCAACGCAUGCUGAUUCUGCUAAAAGCACAAAGCUUCCAAUCGAAGCCCCUGAAGAAGUUGGGCCAAGCAAGCUUGCCGACUUGACACGCAACAGACUAGAUUUGGAACAGUUCCGAUUCUUCCUCCAACAACACUCUUCAAGCAUCGACCUCAUGUGCUGGAUUGACAUCGAGCAGUUCAGGAGGAUGCUCCACAAGGACAAAAGACAAAGAGACGAAAAAGCUAAGGAGAUCAAAAAUAAGUAUCUAAAUAAAAUGUAUUUCUUUGGACCCAACAGUCCAGCUACAAAAGAGGAACAAGAGCAGGUAAUGAAAGUAGGUGGAGGCUGGGGAAGUGUACUUCAUGAUCAGGUUCCUCCCUUGAUCCUGCUGGAGGUUCAAAAGUAUGUCCAGAUGAGACUUGAGAGAAAGUGGUUGCCACUUUUUCUGAGAAGUGAAGAAUCUGGGCCACAGAAAAAAAUGAAGCCACACCUGCAAGAUGCUGCAGAAGAUAUCUUGAUUCAGAAACGUGAGAAGAAAAUGGAAGCAUGGAAGCAUUUGGACAAUAAGUGGGUUAUUUCAUCUAGGGAAGUAAUUACUUUCCGCAAAGCCUUGUUGAAUCCAAUCACGGCCUUUCAGUUCCGACGCUUCGUGUCUUUGAAAGGAGAUUUACUGGAGAAUGGAGUGCUCUUCUGGCAGGAGGUGCAGAAAUACAAGGACAUGUGCCAUUCCCAUUGUGAUGAUGCCAUGCUCCAAAAUAAGAUCACAGCCAUCAUCAACUGCUUCAUUCAUUCCUCCAUUCCACCGGCUCUGCAGAUUGACAUUCCCAAAGAACAGGCCCAGAAGAUUAUUGAGCAGAGGAAAGAGCUGGGUCCUUAUGUAUUCAGAGAAGCACAGAUGACUAUUUUCGCUCUUCUGUUUAAAUUUUGGCCAAAAUUUUGCGAGUUCCGAAGUAAUUUGACGGAUGAAGACAUUUUGGCUCUUUUGGAAAGCCAAAGAGGAAGGAACCUAGAGAAGCAGAAAAAAGCAAGAGCAGAGGAGGUAGAGAAGAUACAAAGGAGGAGAUCUAUCACACCUGUGAAGUCACUUUCCACUCCUGAGGGUAAAGCAGAUAAAAGUGAUCUUUCAUCUACACCAAGCUUUACAGGAUACGGCCGACAGCAACUUUCCUGGUCAUAUUCAAAGUACUUGGAAGCUCUCCAUCAGGAAAGAGUACUCCUGAAGAUACAAGACGAUCUAGAGAAAAGAUCAUUAGCAUCAUCACUUUAUACAGGCAAGUUUUUCAUUGGAUUUUGUGACUGGAGAUAUAUGGUUAUGGGUCCAGUUACAGUUCUCUCUCUCUCUCUCUUUGCAAAUGCACAAAGCACCAUUUAG